AUGGCUAAUUGACACCUCCCGCUAUCAUGAGGCGGAAUCCCCCUCCCCAAGCUGAAUUUUCUGUGCAGACGAAGAGGCUGAGCAACGCGGAUUCUUAUAAUGGAGCUCGGAGGGGCGGGCAAAGACCAGCACGGGGAGCCUGACGAGGAAACGCGGCUGCUUUAGCCCAGCGCCUCCGAGCUCAGGCAGCAAAGGCGCCAAGAGAGACGAACAGGGGUGGAAGAGCGAUGCCGGCGCCCCCGCCUUGGGAGAGGCACGGCUAGGGACCAGGGGCCAGGGCAGCGCGCGCGCAAACACGUCCCCCUCCCCCGGGCUGGCACCCACCGAGCAACCCCUCCAGGCGCCACCAGGCAGCUGCCUCCCGCGGAAGGUGCCAGGCUCUGGGCACUUUUGCUUUCUCCUCGCUCCACUCCGCCCAUGCGUUUCCCGGGCAGCCGAGGCGGUUCCGACUUGAGGGCGCUGCGGGGAAGGAACGCGGUGGCUCCCCGUGAAGGGUUGGUGACUCUGGCUAGCCCCUCCGUAUUAUGUCUGCACUCCGAAGGAAAUUUGGGGACGAUUACCAGGUAGUGACCACCUCGUCCAGUGGCUCGGGCUUCCACCAGCAGCAGGCGUCAAGCCACAACAAGAAGCGCCAGCGGUUUGUGGACAAGAAUGGCAGGUGCAAUGUGCAGCAUGGCAACUUGGGCAGCGAGACCAGCCGCUACCUGUCGGACCUGUUCACUACCUUGGUGGAUCUCAAGUGGCGCUGGAACUUGUUCAUCUUUAUCCUCACCUACACUGUGGCCUGGCUCUUCAUGGCCUCCAUGUGGUGGGUCAUUGCCUACAUGCGGGGUGACCUGAACCGAUCCCAUGAUGAUGAGUAUACUCCAUGCGUGGCCAAUGUCUACAACUUCCCCUCUGCCUUCCUAUUCUUCAUAGAGACAGAGGCUACCAUUGGUUAUGGCUACCGGUACAUUACAGACAAGUGCCCGGAGGGCAUCAUCCUCUUCCUGUUCCAGUCUAUCUUGGGCUCCAUUGUGGAUGCAUUUCUCAUUGGCUGUAUGUUCAUCAAGAUGUCUCAACCUAAGAAACGGGCAGAGACCCUGAUGUUCAGUGAACAUGCUGUUAUCUCUAUGAGGGAUGGUAAACUCACGCUCAUGUUCAGGGUGGGCAACCUUCGCAACAGCCACAUGGUCUCUGCCCAGAUCCGCUGCAAACUUCUCAAAUCUCGCCAAACACCCGAGGGUGAAUUUCUUCCUCUUGAUCAACUUGAACUGGAUGUAGGUUUUAGUACUGGAGCAGAUCAACUUUUCCUCGUUUCGCCACUUACAAUUUGCCAUGUGAUCGAUUCCAAAAGUCCCUUUUAUGACCUUUCUCAGAGAAGCAUGCAAACUGAACAGUUUGAGAUAGUUGUCAUCCUAGAGGGCAUCGUGGAGACAACUGGGAUGACAUGUCAAGCCCGAACAUCAUACACAGAAGAUGAAGUUCUCUGGGGACAUCGAUUCUUUCCUGUUAUUUCCUUAGAAGAAGGAUUCUUCAAAGUAGACUAUUCCCAGUUCCAUGCAACAUUUGAAGUCCCUACUACACCUUAUAGUGUGAAAGAACAAGAAGAAAUGCUUCUUAUGUCCUCCCCUUUAAUAGCACCAGCUGUAAGUAACACUAAAGAAAAAAAUAAUUCUGUGGAAUGUCUAGAUGGCCUUGAAGACAUUGGUACAAAGAUACCAUCAAAACUGCAAAAAAUGACUGGAAGGGAAGACUUUCCUAAAAAACUUUUGCGGAUGAGUUCUACUACAUCAGAAAAAGCAUACAGCAUGGGAGACCUACCUAUGAAGCUUCAGCGAAUAAGUUCUGUCCCUGGCAAUUCAGAAGAAAAACUGGUAUCUAAAACCACAAAAAUGUUAUCAGAUCCCAUGAGCCAAUCUAUGGCGGACUUGCCACCAAAACUUCAAAAAUUAUCUGGAGGAGGAGGUAGAAUGGAGGGAAACCUCCCUCCCAAACUGAGGAAAAUGAAUUCUGAUCGAUUUACAUAACAUGAACAGACCUUUAGGUAACAUUUCAUGUUUGAAUUGCCAUCAAUCCAAUUUGGGCUAGAAAACCAUACACUGGAAACUGUCUUUGAUGACCAGUUUUCCCUAGAGCUACAUGCACUCUGCAACAAUGCUGUCCCCUGAGGUUGAAAGACUAUGUUGAAUUCUAAAAUAAAAGAUCUAAAAGUCAGCUUAGGGCCAUAUGGAAGCUAAUAUUAAUCGGCAUGUAGUAUUACAACAAGCAUGCAAUAAUAGUACGCAAAUUUUGCAUAUAGUUUUAUGGCAUGGUUCUUACUAUAUUUAUACUGUAUAUUCUUGGGGAGGGGGAACAUGUAAAUGGAGUGUUACUCUUAUAUUUCUUAAGCAUUAAAUAGUAGGUAAACAUAAAAGUGGGUCACAAACAGGGCAGGCUAUAGGUUAGUUUUUUUAAUGGGCAAAGUCCAGCCAAAGUUAAACACUGUGAACUCAAUUUAUUUGCCUACCAUAUCCCCAUUCUCCACAAGAUGCAGGGACGUUUUCUGCCAUUGACCCUGCUUCUCAUCCAUUGGAAACCUUCCUGUAAGUGGGAGAAUUACAUAGGAGGAAUGGGCAACACAAAGAAUUAACUGGAUCCACCUCUUUUUAAGAUUUAAGCAAAAUCCUGAGUCUUUUCCUUUUCAGUCAGUAACCCUUCAAAGUGUUUUGCUUCAGCUGAAUCAUGCCCAGUAGUUUUUUUCUGAUGUAAAUUGUGAUGUUUUGUUCAGAGAGUUUAUACUGCAUGUUUUCUUUGUUGAAUUACUUUCUGAACACCAAAACUUUAGCCUUAAAUACCUUACUUUAUUGUUUGUUUUAUAAAUUUUUCCACCUUUUUGGCUAGAAAUAUCCUGUUUCUUUGCUUUAUAGAAAAAAAUUAUAAUGUCUAGGGCUGGGCAAAAUAAUAUGCCAAGAAGAAUAUCCAAUUUAGAAACAAGGUAUGAAAUCCAAAAAGAAGUCAUUAUGUUUGUUCUAUGUUUGUGAAGAUAAAUGUGCAGUAAAAUUUGAAGUGGAAAUACAUACUCAACAUAUAGAAUUCAUAAUUUCACUCCAGUAGGUAAAUAAGUUUACUUCUUACUCUCAGUCCAUUCUGAAUUCAGACACCUAGCUGCCUCCUAAUAACUGCUUAAGAGCUUUCUGUGUCACUUGGGAAAGUACUAGUCUAUAAGCAAGCACAGUUACAGUUAUAUGACCACACUGAGGGAGGAGAAUGGGUGUAACAAAAAGGAAUAAAAAUUCAUGUAUGAAAAUAUGGUAAACUAAUACCAGUGGUGACAAAAAGUACCUUCUAUAAUCACAAUAUAAAAUAGGAGAAAUAUAUUGAUUAUACAAAAAACAGUAGAACAAAAAACACUUAAAAUGCAGCUAGCUAAGGAUUAAAUAUACCAUACAACUAAAAAAAUCAAGAACAAGGAUCAAGGCAUGAAUGUGGCAUGAGUGUUUCUUAAGUGUUUCCUUCAAAUAAAUCACAAAUAGGACGUUUUGCCAUUACACUUAUUUGGGAUGUAACAGAUUUUCAUAUGUGGAUUACUGUUUUCAUUACAUUUUCUGUCUGAGGGUGGAUCUUGCUGGGCGAAGUCCCUGACCAAUGAUCACACUCUUUUGGCUGGGGUAAAUCAAUUGGCCAUAGACAUUCUUUAUUAAUCAAGCAGAAGUGUGAGGCAUAGCAUGGGUCUUGAUCUGAUCAUCUAAACAUCACAGCAAAGCUCCUACGGGCAGAUACCCUGUACUGCAACUUCGCUCCGUUGUGGGGCUCUGCCAGGUGGACACUCCUGGCAAGAGGUGCUCCCUAGCCACCCUGUUUGGCAGGGUGGUUGCCCCUUGCCGCUGUCUGCCAUUCCCAAGGGGAAGGGGUAGCUCCCUAGCUCCCCUCCCCUGGCCCAUCCAGAUCAAUACCCAUGUGCCAAAACCACUGAUGGCUAUGACAAGGUAGCAUGUAUUAACAUCUCGCAAAUAGGGAGAGGUGGGUGGGAAAAUCGUCAGCCAGCCCCAAGCACAUGGCUGGCACAAAGGAGGGCUUGGCCCUUUAAAGGCUUGGGCUAGCCCUCCUCUUCCCUGACCUGGCCAGCGGGCAGCUGACACAUCGUAAUCUGCCCUGAACCACUAUGGCCACUACUCCGUUUCCGCCCUCACUGGGGUUGGAAUCAGACCCUGCCCUGCCCACCCAGAGUGGCAACUGCGGCCCGGGAUAAUUCACAGCCAUUUUUUGGGGGGGGGGAUGCAAUGCCUAUCAUUUUCAUCAUUUUAAAGCCACCGUGAGCCUGGCUCCAGCGGGGAUGGAAAGAGUAUAAAUAUAAGAAAUAUAAAAUAAUUCACAACUUCUGGGAAAUCCAGGGCCAGAGGUCAACCCUUUCAGUGGCUGUUAUGAAGUUCUUGCCCCUUUGAUAUAAAUAUUUCCCACAUUAUCAACAGCCGUUUUCUGCAAUAAGUGCAACUGGAGCUUGCUCAGCUCUCUUUCAGACAUAUUAGUUACAAAGCAAUUAACAAAAAGGGCAAUUACAUGGCAACACUGAUUUCCCAGUAAUAACCCAGACAUGAACCUUUACCAAGGUAUUGUCAUUUAGCCCACAUAAAGGAUAAAAACCACCUGCGCUUCUUCAGUGAUUUAAAUUCAAAUUAUUUUGUAUCUUUUCCCACAAAGCUAAUUAAAUCCUGGGGAGGUGGAAUUUAAACUUUACAAACCGAUAUAAGUAUUUUCUUACUCAGUUAGUCAUUCCUGGCCUUCAAAACAGUCACAUUUAACAUGAAAAAUUUAAAGGUUGGCGGUGACCAAUGGAUUUCACAUAUACAGUGCAGUCCUAACCAGUGUUGUGCCCAGUUAAAGCCAUGGAAGUCAGUGGGCUUUGAAGAGAAUAACUCUGCUUAGGAUAGCUUUUGUAACGUAUGACUUGGUCAUACGGUUCUAGAUAAAAUAUAUCCAUCAAGCUUCAUUUUCUAGGAUUAGCAUUACAGUUGCCAAAAUGCUACCUAAAAUGAAAUUUGAUGGUAGAUCUGGGAGGUUUUCCUUUCUUGAAAGCUGUAAGUUGUUUCAACUGGUACCAUUUUAAAAGAUUUGGGAGUAGGUUUACUAACCUCAUGGUGGGUCCUGUAUACAGUUCUUCCCAAAUUACAACUGAUCUCCAAACUAAAGAAAUCACUUCUCCUAGAUGAAUUGGGAGCUUUGGAGGAUAGAUUCUAUGAUACACUAUACAGUCUAGGAGUUACAAAAGACCUAGAAUAGCAUUACAUCCUACUCGGCUUUAUCCACUCCCUGGAGUUUGCCUUCUCCAAGCACUGGUCCAAAUCUCCAGAAAUUUUCCAGGCUAGAGUUGGCAACCAUACUUGGCUGGAGGGAAACAAUGGACUGUGCCAAAAUGUCAUUAGGUACAGAAUACUGGACAGAUCUUUAGGGAUUAUUUUAUCCAACUCUAAUCCAUAUAUCUAAUUCUGAUGUAUGCCCCCUACCUGCAGAUACUUAAAUGCUCCAGAUGGGGGCACACUCAUCAUAACAGUUUUUUUCUGCAGACCUAGAGGACUCCCUGGACCAGUGGAGAUGCUGACAGCCACCUGGUGUGGAGAACGAUCAGGAAUGGGGGUGGAGCAGCCUCGGUGGGCUCACCAACAAGGAGAAUGGGAUUCCCCUCACAAGUUUUAUUGACCCUACUUGUUAAAAUCUGAUUUAACUAUUGAAGUACAAGCUGCAUUUCUCUCAAACAAGGAAAGCUUA